AUGGAGGACGAGCCGGAGCGGACGCCGCUGCUGGGCGCGCGGCGGGCGGCGGCGGCCGGGGCGUUCGCGGGGCGGCGCGCGGCGUGCGGGGCCGUGCUGCUGGCCGAGCUGCUGGAGCGCGCCGCCUUCUACGGGGUCACCGCCAACCUGGUGCUGUUCCUCAACGGGACGCCGUUCGACUGGGAGGGCGCGCAGGCCAGCCAGGCGCUGCUGCUCUUCAUGGGCCUCACCUACCUGGGCUCGCCCUUCGGCGGCUGGCUGGCGGACGCGCGGCUCGGCCGGGCGCGCGCCAUCCUGCUCAGCCUGGCGCUCUACCUGCUGGGCAUGCUGGUCUUCCCGCUGCUGGCCGCGCCGGCCACGCGCGGCGCGCUCUGCGGGGCCCCGCGCCCCGCGCUCCUGCGCAACUGCUCGGCGCCCGGGACCCACGGCCGCGGGGCCGCCUGCGCCGACGCCGCCACGCGCCGCUGCGCGCCCGCCACCUUCGCGGGGCUGGCGCUCGUGGGCCUGGGCGUGGCCACGGUCAAAGCCAACAUCACGCCGUUCGGCGCCGACCAGGUCAAGGACCGAGGCCCAGAAGCCACGAGGAGGUUUUUUAACUGGUUCUACUGGAGCAUCAACCUGGGUGCCAUCAUCUCUCUGGGCGGCAUUGCCUACAUCCAGCAGAACGUCAGCUUCGUGGCGGGCUACGUGAUCCCCACAGUCUGCGUGGGCGUGGCCCUCGUGGUCUUCCUGUGCGGCCAGAGCGUCUUCAUCACCAAGCCGCCCGAUGGCAGCGCCUUCACGGACAUGGUCAAGGUCCUCACGUACUCCUGCUGCUCCCGGACGUGGCGGCCAGAACGCCCGGGCGGCCGUGAAGGCAGUGGAGUCUUUCAACAAUCUUCUAAACAAAGUCUGUUUGAUUCAUGUAAGAUGUCCCACGGAGGGCCGUUCACGGAAGACACCGUGGAAGACGUGAAGGCUCUGGUCAAGACCGUGCCUGUCUUCUUGGCUCUGAUUCCUUACUGGACAGUGUACUUCCAAAUGCAGACCACCUACGUCCUGCAGAGCCUUCACUUGAGGAUCCCAGAGAUCCCCAGCAUCACCACUGCCCACCACACGUUCCCGGCAGCCUGGCUCACCAUGUUUGAUGCCCUGCUCAUCUUGCUGCUCAUCCCACUUAAGGACCGGCUGGUGGACCCGAUGCUGCGCAGGCGCGGCCUGCUGCCCUCCUCCCUCAAGAGGAUCGCCGUGGGCAUGUUCUUUGUCAUGUGCUCCGCCUUCGCCGCCGGGAUUCUGGAGAGUAAAAGACUGGAGCUGGUCAAGGAGAGGACCAUCAACCAGACCAUCGGCAACGUGGUGUACCACGCGGCGGACCUGCCCAUCUGGUGGCAAGUGCCCCAGUACGUGCUGAUUGGGGUCAGCGAAAUCUUCGCCAGCAUAGCAGGGCUCGAGUUCGCCUACUCGGCCGCCCCCAAGUCCAUGCAGAGCGCCAUCAUGGGCCUCUUCUUCUUCUUCUCUGGCGUGGGCUCCUUCGUGGGCUCAGGGCUGCUGGCGCUCGUGUCCAUCAAGGCCAUUGGGUGGAUGAGCAGCCACACGGACUUUGGCAACAUCAACGGCUGCCACUUGAACUACUACUUCUUCCUGCUGGCCGCCGUCCAGGGCGCCACGCUCCUGCUCUUCCUCGUCGUGUCUGUGAGGUAUGACCGCCAGCGAGCCAGGGCCAACGGCACGGCUGCCAGCGCCAGGGCCUGACGCCACCUCUGGACCCGUGGCUGUGCAGGGACGGACUGGGGAUGUCCUGAGACAAGCCAGCAGGCCUCUGCCUGCACUGUGGGGUACGCGCCUCAGCCCCAGGCUCCCGGGGGGCUGUGUGUGGCCGAGCCCGCGGCCGUGACUGUGCUGCCCAAGCUCGCGAUGGAGGCCGCACGGCCUGAGAGCAUCCCGUGUCCUCCAGUCUCUGCUUACGUUGGGCAUUUGUGGUCAUGGAGCUGGAGCACUGUGGGGUCAGCACUGCCAGGAACUCCCACAGGCGUGCCCACAGUUCCCAUGCCAGCCACACACCUGGCGUCGCAGGUGUGGGCUGUGGUGGGUCUGCUGUGGCCGGGUCUGCCGUGGCCGGGUACCUGCCCAUGGUGCACAUGUUGGUUUUCAAGGAGGAGUGCGUGACGUGCACUGCUGAAAGCUGCACGGGCUGCGACUGGGACGCCUCCCAGGUGUCCCACGCCAUGCGGAGACCAGAGGCUGGCCUCCGUGGAGGGUGGGGUCGGUGUCCCCAGUGACUGCAGCAGCUGUGGACUCAAGCCGGUGUUUGUGGAUUUGCUCGUAUCUGGGUUCUGAGUUUAACUACUGUCUUUGUUGCUGUAUUUUGGAAUAACUUUAUAAAAGCAUCUCACUCCUAAAUCACGUGGGCUCGUUGUUUGGGUUGCCCACGGUCACGGCCGUGAAUGUUCACAGCUGGAGACAGUGGGCAUCCAUUCCCAUUAGUGAGCGACUUGGUCAGGUUUUCUGGUGAACUGUCGUGUGCUUCCUCAGGACUCGCGUUAGCAGGGGGCUGCAAGGAGCUGGGACCCCCAGCUGGCGCCUCAGUAGGGACUGAAGCAAUUGCUCCAGGCAAUCGAAGCUGCAGCAUCGGGUACCUGCCCCCAGCACCUAGAAAGCCAGUGCGUGCCACAGGCACCCGGCCCUGUCCUCUGCGUUUGCCAUCUCUGUCCCCCUGGCACGCUGAUCUCUUUGGCCACUUUCAGCCCUUGCCACACCCUGUCUCUGGUCAGCUUGGUCCCUGUGCCUCACGCUGCCCUGGGAGUGUCUUACUGCAGUCCUUCUCCACACGGCCCUGCCCCUGGCCUGCUCUGAUCGCUGGGAGGGUCAGGGCCAGCUUGUCCACAUGAGGUCUGAGGGUCCCUUAGUUGUAAAAUACAAGUUCAACCAAGCCGGAGAUCCGGGAAGGCGUCCAGGCUACAGCUCCCAGAGUGGACCCUCCGCAUUGCCUCUGAACGGGCACCUGAGGGGGGCGCUCCUCCGGCCUCAGGUGAGACACAUGGCCCUGGCCCUUGGACGCUGGAGCGCCGUGCAGCAGGACACGCGGAGAGCAGACCCUGGGCUCUGUGCCUAGAGGCGUCCUGUCUGUACUGUCCUCCCUGCCCACUCUGAACUUGGGGCACACGGUGUCAGCAAGCCCCAAGGUCACCGGUGGCUCCUUUAUUAGAAAUAUUAACAGGUUGUCACUCAUCUCUUUUUA